AUGGUGGACAGCUUGCUCUCUCUGCUGGUGAAGGCUCACGCGCGUCUCCAGUGGAAUCAUUUGGUAAACACGGUCGAUUCUCAGGCGCCACAGUCGUCUGUCGCCACUUGUUCAAGUGCGGCAGCAGCGGCCGCCCAAGACUCUGCUUUUAUCAAUCUCGCUGCUCAGGCCGACCCUCAGGCCGCCUCCGACGUCAGUGCUCUGGCAGCCCGAUGUAUGAGUGUCCUCAACGACACAAAUAUCGGUGAAUCCGGCGGCGAACAUAGCGGCACUGGACCUAUUUCCUCUCCCUUGGCCAGAGCCCUUCAAGCAGGAUCUCCCAACGCUACCCCUGAGGAAAGGAUGUUGGCUGCACUCAACCAGAUGGCCCCCGAGUUGCGCUACUUUGCUGUUGGUCAGCCAGCCUACAAAAUCCCGGAAGAGAAACGAAACGAUAAUGGGGUUGAGUGUGGGGAUGGUGUCUUUUGGGUCACUAGAUUGUUGGACAAAAUUGUUGAGCUUUCGGAUGAAUGUAAGACGCAGCUGAAGAUGUUUAUUGAAAGAGCGAAGGAUCCAUUCAACAUGAACGAGGAUUCCAAACCCGUGACCGAGGCUGCUGAUAGUUCUUUGCUGCUCUCUGGCUUGCAAAAUAACACAUUAGCGCGAGCUCAAAGAAAAAGAGCCGCAUCAGAACGACGAAAGCGUCUCCUCGACCAGAUGGCAUCAAAACAACGUGCUUUCGCCAGUAAUUUUCUCAAAGAUAUUGAAAUGGAUAAACUCGACGACGACACAAUGGACAACCUGGAGUCGAAAAUGGACUACGAUUAUGACUGCGUCAUUUGCCAAGCUGUUCCACCAGAGCCCCAACCAAUGGUCCUUCUUGUCAUGCUGUGUGAAUCAGGGCUGAUGCAACAAAUGAGAAAUUACCCAAACCUGCCUCAACUGAGCGGAGAACGAAUGUUUUACAGCCAGAGUUAUCUCAGUGAAGAGGUCUGUCUGCCUCGACCCAUGCCAAUUGUGCCUCCUGAGGUUCGUCACCGGAUGGACAACGCUUUUCCGAGGGGGGAACCACAUUCUACCGUUGAUCCAGAUGCAAUUGGUAGCAGCAGUAGAAUCGCCUUCAGCCGACUUCCUGGAACUCUCAUAAUGUCGCCCAGUUCUACAAUCGGGUCCCACACCAACAAUGUAUCACAUGCUGACGUACUGGAACCAGUGGCCUACGUGGAAAGUCGGCGCUGGUGGAAUCUUGCUCUGCCUAUGAGUGUAUCAUUGUCUUUGCCUCUCCUUCGAUCAGGUGUACUUUUGCAAACCUGUGGUCAUGCUGUCCACCGGGAGUGUUUCCAACGCUACCGACACCAGAGCAUGCAUCAGGGCGGCAUCAGUUCAACCCGCUGGCUUGCCUCGUGUCCCCUGUGUCGACGUGAUGUUCACUACUUGCUGCCACUUCACCGAACUACUAACUCUGAGAAUGCCGUUUCGUCAUCUGAGGCCACCACUGCUGUCUCCGCGCACAAAGUGCCCGAUGCUCACUCGCCUGUUUUCCAAUGCCUUAGGGAAAAACUAACUUCCCUGACACAGCAGGAGCACAGUUUCUGGAGCAAUUUAGUGGGAGGUGGCGAUGACGACCCGCAGAAUCGGUACAGCUUAAUGGCCGAUCUCUUUGGCAAAGUCAGUGAGGUCGCAGUUCUUCUCCGUUCUGGUGUAUCUCCUAUGUUCGGUCUGUGUAAUGAUCCAGCGGAUGUGUUCUUGACUUUAUUACCACAUGUCUGGCCGAAUCAAGACCACUUUUUGGCCCUCAGUGCUGCGUGCAUCUGUCUUUCCUACACUCGGGCUCUUGUGGGUCUCGUUCUUGGCCAAAUUCCCUCCACCAGUAAUGGAUCCUACUUGUACUCUCAGCGUUCUGCUGUCCAGUGCACACAAGACCGGAUGAAGAAUAUACCAAGCCCAUUGAAGAGCAAUAUACUUGCCGUGGUUUCCUGUUUGAAUCACCUGCUCGACAGCCUGCCCUGUUCCUCCUCAGAGAAUGAGAAAAAUGCCUCAAUGCGUAAUUUUUUCGCCACUACCUAUUCCACAACUUCCAAUGCUCCUUCUGACGUGGCCGUGAAUAUUCAGACUGCCGCUAAUCUCGAAAUGUUGCAGCUGACCUCGGCCCCGAUGGAGGCAGGAAGGGAGUUGCAGGACCAUGUGAUCUCCCGGGUGCUCCCCUGUCUUCGUCUGGUUGCCCUCUGCUAUGCCCGCUGGCUGGAUAGUUUUCACGUGCACGAUGAGAACUCCUCCGGUCCUGUAGCGGCUUUGUCACUACCCUUCGUUGGCGUAUUGUCAAAUGCCGAAGCGCCUGAGCUCGAAAAAGGCCAACUAGUGAAAGAAUUCCUUGCUCUGGGUUCUUUUCUGGGAAUUGGCUAUCUACUGCCAGCAGCAGAAGACGAAGACGAUCCCAUGCUUGGUGUUGGGCCACUUCUGCCUUUUGUCCAAGCAGCGGCACUUCGCUCAGGUCUUACUGAGUCAUUAGACGGUCCAACUGCCUUGGAUGAACUUCUGCAUCGCUGGAUCAAUCAAAUGUCUUCAACCUUCAGACGAGAGUCAAUUCUUUCCAUCGAGACCUCUCCUGACGUACCACCGCCGGUGUGCUCUUCUUUGGACGCACCAGCCACAGCUGAUAGCUCAAUCGACGCUCCGUCAUCCCCAUCGCCCCCCACCCUGCGUCAGACUCUGCGAACGUUCUAUCCUUUCCGAAGUCGACCACUGCGUGGUGGUCCGCAUCUUACCCUCUCCCAAUCUGGACCUCUUAUGAGCAUCGGUGGACAGCUCUACCCGCCCCGAUUAAUCCGGCCGCCGCAUGCGUUUGAUGAUCUAUUCAACAGUCUCCAUUUGGUUGCUUGUGCAACCUCACGCCACCAGUUCCAGAAAAAUGUCCUCUGCCUUAUUUGUGGGCAACUGUUAUGUGACAUAUGUUUCCCCAACCUGGGCCAACUUAUGUAUCAGCAUGCAUACCGCUGCGAUGGCUUUGCUGGUGUGGCUCUAGAGAUAAACACCUCGUUAGUUCACGUGUCUCUGGGACUGAGCUCGUGUGAAUGGGGUUCCAUUUACUUGGAUUCCUAUGGCGAGGAGGACCUUGAUUUGAAGCGAGGCAAACCUUUGUUCCUAAACGAGGAACGGUUCGCGAUGUUAGAGAGUCAGUGGCUUUCUCAUUCUUUCCGACAUGUUUUGAAACAUUGGCGUCACAACUAG